AUGUCCGCUCCCGAGACCCUCAAGCGGUCCGCCGAAGAGGCAGCAACACCUUUCGAAGGUCACACCAAGCCACGCAAGAAGAAACGCUGCCGCAAACCUACAUGCGUUGUGUGUGACACCAAGAAGUAUUUCAACCAGUUCCCAAGCCAAGCAAAGGUCUCUUCACACGAUCACGGCGCGAAUGUCUGUCGUCCCUGCUACACCAGCCAUCUGGAAGUUGAGAUCGACUCAAAGAACUGGGAAGAUGUUGCAUGCCCAGAAUGUCCGGUCAAAUUGACCUACCAAGAAUUCGAGAACAUGGCAGCCCCCGAGGACUUCGCCAAGUGCGAGCGAGCAUCCAUCAGAGCAACUCUCGCGGCAGAUCCAGACUUCAAGUUCUGUUUCUCUUCGACCUGCGAUUCUGGUCAACUCCAUCCGAGUGGCGCGAGUGAGCCCAUCUUCUCCUGUCAAGCAUGCAGACACAAGCACUGUGUCGUUUGCGAGACGAACUGGCACGAGGACCAGACCUGCAGCGAAUAUCGAGCCACACUCCAUCGUAACACCGAGAACGACGAAAAGUCACAGAAGGAAGGCAACCACCGCCACGAGACGAGUUGCACACACUACCGUGCACCCCCAUCAGCCGAGGUCCUCGAGGUUCAAAGCCGCAGAGCCGAAGAAGCAAGGCGCAGAACCGAAGAAGCAAAACAAAGACAAAACGAGUUGGCUCGCAGAAACCGUGAGCAGCGGGAAGCACUGCAGCGAGCUCAGAGAGCUGCACUUGCCGCAGCUUCAGCUCCAAGACUCCCGCGACUGGAACGUCCUAGACGCAGAGACGACGACGAUGACGAGACCGCUGCCGCUGCGAUGUUUGAGAUUCCCAGAGGGGUCGACUCUUCCCAAAUCUUCGCUGGUAGAAUUGUUAGACCACACCCAAAUCCAGCCAUGGCCCGGGCUCUAUCUCAGGUUCAGGCUGAGAUCCAAGCUCAGACUCCAAACUAG